AUGUUAGCUACGUCAGUUAUGAAGGAUGGUGAAAAUACUCGUCUAGGAAAAACCAACGUCGAAAACUUGCUAUCAGAAUUUAACAUGGAAAUGAAUGCUAAUCGUGUUAUUCUAUGGGUGGGCGAACUCCUUAGUAGGGCGCUUGAGUUUUUCUGGAACUCACGGGAUGUGAAUUACGGUGUUUUUACUGUGAAUUACAGUGUUUUCACAUUGAAUAGUAUUGUUACUGGACUGCUGUUCUGGACCAGAAUUGAUGUAAGUGUUUAUGAUCAUGUUCAUGAUAUCGAUAGCCACGCAAAACAACGUAGCUCCAUUGGUUCCACUCCCCAAUCCACAUCUGUCCCGUCUUUAGGUCAUAAUGAUUCUGUAAUAUGUUCCAUGCGCCAAAUCGAAGGAAGUAAUGUUUCCAUCAAGCUUACACUUGGUACCCACUCUUUCAACGCCCUUGGGGCUGCUAAUACACGUAUUGACAACUUGGUUGAUCAUCCGGAAUGCGGACCGUGA